AUGGAAGAAUCCAGCAAUGUUGAGACGGCAGCGCCAGAUGAUGAGAUCACCGUCAAAGUAAACGCAAGCCGAACGCAAAGAUCGCUCAGAGGAGAGAAGGUGCACUUGGCCGCAGACGAUCACUUGCGAGACGAAGAGGAUGAGGAUUACUGGUCCAGAAUGGUCAACGAAGUCGCGGACCCGUCAAACGAUGACGAACCAGCUGCCAAAGCGAGACGAGUGCAUGACGACUCACCACGCGUUCCGAGCGUCUUCGAUCGAGUUAGCCAGUUAGAAGACGAAAACACUCAGAUGGAAAGGGAUCUGGAGUAUUUUCCGUUCAGAGAUCCCGGCGAUCGCUGUGCAGGUCUUCAAACAACGAUGAGAUGCGCAUUCUGUGAUGCCGAGGGAGAACAUUUUCGGACGCGUGCCUCGUGUUUCGGAAUGGCGAUGAACGCUUCGACAUCAUACGCGCCAAAGGAUGGUGUACGUUUUGCAUCGGAGAUUGCCCGAGGAACGUCCCGUGUCGCUUACGAGAACGGCAAUGCUGGUAUUGCGCUGGCGUCAAGGACACCAUUUUCGCUGACUUGA